UGGUUGCGAUAAGUUUAUUGGAGAUGGAAUUUAUUUUGACGUUUGUCAAUGGUGCAUGAACUGGAGGUGCGUAAACUGAACAAUGAGACUAUUUUGUGAUUAUAAUUAGUAGUUAGUUUAGAUUAUAGAACAUUAGUGGAAAUGUGUGAUUCAAAAGGAUGUAAAUAAUUUUUAUUCGAUGGCCUACAUAUAUUAGUAAUGGGCGCCCAACGCGAGCCAUCCGGCAAGCAGCAACAGCAAAAAGAGAGCAGCGGCGCGCCUCCGGUUAGCGGCAACGCGAUCGACUCGGCGACCGGUCAUCCCCGAAACGGUGGACCUUAUUUCGACAAAGUCGCCUCUAAGAACGUGACCGCUUUACUGGGAAAGACCGCCUAUCUGAAUUGCCGUGUCAAGAACUUAGGCAAUAAAACGAUGUUGCUUCAGGUGUCGUGGGUGCGCCAUCGCGACAUCCAUCUCCUGACUGUGGGUCGGUACACGUACACGUCCGACCAGCGAUUCCGUGCGAUACACCACCCGCACAGCGAAGACUGGACGCUGCAGAUAAAGUACCCUCAGCAUCGGGACUCGGGCAUCUACGAGUGCCAGAUCAGUACCACGCCGCAUAUGAGCCAUUUUAUACACCUGAAUGUUGUCGAGCCCACAACGAAUAUAAUCGGCGAGCCGGACCUGUACAUAGACCGAGGCUCCACCAUCAACCUGACCUGCGUGGUCCUGUUUUCUCCGGAGCCUCCGGCUUACAUCUUUUGGAACCACAACGAUGCGAUAAUCUCGUACGACUCGCCGCGCGGCGGCGUCUCGGUCAUAACCGAGAAAGGGGAGACCACGACGUCGUUCCUGCUCAUACAACAAGCGAGGCCUGCGGACUCCGGACAAUAUCAAUGCAAUCCUUCGAACGCCCAAAGCCGCAGCGUCACCGUGCACGUACUAAACGGCGCAUCGGGUUCGGUUUCCAGGGGAGUAUCCGGCGGCCAUGCAGCGAGGGGGUCAGCCUCACCGCGAGCUCUCCCCGCGUCUACGUUUGCUGCUACUCUGCACGCUCUGCCUGCUGUCGUGUUGGGCAUAGCCGCGUUAAUGGACAACGGCCCAUUUGCGCGUCUGCUGCACGCCGGCAGCGAGCAGGCAGCAACGCCGAUUUUGACGCUCACGCGCUGGUUGAGGUCAGCAGUCGUAGCCGUCAUAUGUCUAGAGGUCUGCGCCGUGCUCCGGAAUCUCCGAGGACUCAUCGUCAGCAAGUUCCUCUGCCCGAUAUUACUAAGCGUCUUCGUCGUCUUUGCAUGCUCCUCUUUUGUAGGUAAAAUUUAUAUAAUCGCGAUAUCAUGCUGGGUGGCGCAGUAUAUUAUACUGGCUUUAUGGAGGUUAAUAACACAAGUAAGUACAAAAUCAAACUUUGCGCUCUGUCCUCUGGAACUUCCAGAACCGCGGCACGAACAUUCGUUCAAAUUAUUUUCAUUUAUCACAUCUAACAAUCUAUUGAUUGCUUUGAUAAGGAGAAUUGUUUCAACGAGUUACUCAAUAUUUUCGAGAAAACCGUUAAGGCAAGCAGAAAUGAGGUGAUAAUGCAUUCGCAUAAAUUGUACGUAAUACUGUAUUUCCGAUUGUAGUCCAUUAGGUAACAAACGAAACGAGAAUGUAAGGAUGGUAUUCAAUUGGUGAUAUUUAAUAGA